AUGGAUGUGAAUGAGGGUUCAGGUCACACUGCUGACGAUGGAACCGAGGAACGGCUUACAAUGCCGUCCCAGGAAACAUCUAGUUCACAGCCGUCCACGUCAUCAAAACUAUGUUGUUUGCACAAUGAAGACGAAACAUUGCUUCAAAGUAAAAUAAUGAAAUUCAUAAAAGACAAUUUUGUCAAAAAAGUCUCUACAAGUGCCAUAAACAUCAUGAAAAACAUAACCGGAUUUGAUAAGAACAGAACCUACACUGGCGUUGAUCUCGAACACAUGUUCGGAACUCUGAUUUUAGUUUUAGAAGCUGAAUGUUCAAAGUUUCUAAACAAUGAAUUUCUAACGAGCAAUCAAACUGCUUCGCACUCAACUGACGCCCCUCAACUGCUUUUUCUAAAUUCCUCGCAACUUACUCAACCAGAGACAACACCGCCUGAAACUCAAACUACCUCAAAUAAUUCAAAAACACACGUCCACUCAGAUGAGUUAGACGCAUAUGAUAAUAAUGAUGAUGAUGAUGAUGAUCAUCAGUUGGAAUCAAAUCUCUUAUCUGACGAACAGCUGUCCUCUAGUUCCUCGGGCGUUCACUCCCCCUCAUCUGAUCAGGAUGAUCAACCAGCUGCUGCCGAUAACUUACACGCCUCUUCUACCUCCUCACAUCCCACUGAGCUUCAAACAUCGUCUUCUGGCGAUCAAACGACUGUGAUCAUUCACUUGCCUUCAUCUACCUCAAUACCUGAAGUUGCUGCUACUGAGUCUAGUGAGACGCCAACCACUGAAACGGCGGAGCCACUACCUGAAGGUGGCCAGCCAUCGAUCGGCUUAGAACCAAACGAUCAAGUAAAAGAUGAAGCCAUUGACCUGGCCCAAAUUCUCUUUGGUGACGAUGAUGAAAGUGAUUUUCAUGAUGCCGUUUCAAGUCUAAGCGGUCUUUCAGUUGAUGAGCAAUGCGGUGAUAAGCCGUCCGACACUGCUCAAGUGGACAGUCAACUUCAAGGGGAGGAUGGCCAUGAUGAAAAUGUUAACAUUUCAGCAAAUGACGACGAUGAUGAGGAGCCUGAACGCCGAUGUAAAAAGCUGAACACUGAUCAGCGGAGCAAUCAGAGGAAAGAUGGCGAUCUCAAUAAGAGGCCAAAGCCUUUAAAUGACGGGCGCAUUUCCAUCCCAGAUAUUGAAAAAGAGCUGCGCUUGCAAAGCAAUUUAAGAGAACAGUCCAAUUUUGAAGAUAUAAGUUCUGAUGACAGCAAACUGGAUCUGGUUUUUGAAACAUCCCCCAGCACAAGCCAACGUAGUGAAAAUGAGAACAGCCCAAACGACAACGUCAGCAAGGAAACUGAUGAACUUGUCAGCAACAGCAACACUACUGCUGAGACUGAUCACCCAAACGAACAUAUUAUUGAGGCAGCACAAGAGGACCAGAGUGAGCAGUCUCUAUCUAAAGAUUCUGACCCUUUAAAUAACAAUGAUGAUAAUGAAGAAGAGGAGGAGGACUUGCUUGAACCCUAUGUAAACGAAAAUCAGCCUGACAUUUUCGGAGAAGCAGAUGAAGACAGGCAGAUAGUAGAAAAUAUUGCACAAUUCGGUUUUGAGAGCAUGCAUUCAGAUAACGAAAAUAUUGAAGAUUUGUUCGAGCCUUGGGUGAACGAAAAUCUGCCUGACCUUUUCAGAGAAGCCAAUGAUGAUGAAGGUGCUGAUGAUGAUGAUGAUGAUGAUGAUGAUGAUGAAGGUGCUGAUGAUGAUAAUGCUGAUGAGGAAAUGGAAAACACUGCUGGCGACGAGGGAGACGCUGAAAACGAUGCCUCUUUAGCUGAUGACAGUGACCAUCAUGAACACGACGACGAUGAGGAAGAAGCAGCAGCAGCAACAGCAGCUGAACAAAGCGACAACGAGGCCAAUGUCAGCGAUGCCGAAAGCGAAAACGCCCUUGUACUGGACUCCAACUCAGACAACGAGGCGCCAAACAGCAUGUACACACAAAUUCGCUCCAUCAUUCAGAGCGCUAACCGGCUCCUGAAUGGCUCACCAAAAACUGCUGCUGUUGGCACCAAUAAGACCACCGAGAAAAAGCCUACAACAGCUCAAACAGAGGCAAACAACGUUCUCAAGGUGAACAACUCUACUGACGAUGAUGAGAACGAGGAUGAUGAGACCAGUUCAAAGAACGCCAUGCUGAACAACGAAAACGACGAGGACGACGACGACGACGACGAAGAUUACGACGCCCGCGGGAGUAGCUUUGCCUCGCGCAAGCGACUGAAGCGCAUCAUCAGCCCCGGUCGCCUGCUGAAGGAGACCCGAGACGCCGGUCGCAGUGAACGGGAGCGGCGGCGGCGAAUCGAGGAAAAGCAGAAGUUGUACAAUCGGCUAGCGAACAAAUCAAUAAAGGAGAAAGAAGAAAAGAAAGAGGAAGUGGAUGAAAAAGCGGAAGUGGACGACGGCGUUCAGCAGGUGAAGCAGCUGGUGCUGGACAUCGACCCGACCACGCAGGAG